AUGGGCAAAAGAAAGGUCGGCGCCCUCGAAAAGGUCGACAUUGACCUCGCGACUCUACAAUACAAGAUCCGCCGCGACCCCAAGUCAUACGAAGACAACUUCCUCCAACAAUGGGGCCAAUACGAGAGCCAGCGCGAGGUCUUCCUGGUGUCCCCGGCUACUGCGACCCACGAGUACACCAAGUCGUUCCACGACCUCGUCGACCUGAUCGCCCAUGUGUCCGACUGCUACCGGGAACAUGCCCAGUCCUUCCCCGACGACCUCAAGGCCAUCCUGCUUCAGCAUCACGAGGUGCUUCACCCGGAGUUGCGCGAGAAGAUGGUCGGUAGUCUGGUGCUCCUGAAGCGAAAAGAUGUCAUCGACUCCUCGCGUCUGCUCACGACGCUCUUCCCUAUUCUCGUCUCGUCCCCGAGCAAGUCGCUCCGAGCGCUCCUCUUCCAAAAGAUUGUCGGCGACCUGCGCAACUCCAACUCCAAGUCCACGAACCACCCGCUCAACCGGACCAUCCAAACCGUCCUCUUCAACCUCGUCACCGGCGAUCGGACGUCCCCCAAAGCGAUAUGGGCGGUGAAGCUGACGAGGGAGCUGUGGAAACGGCAGAUCUGGACCGACGCCAAGACGGUCGAGGUGAUGAAAGAGGCCUGCCUUUCGGACAACGAGAAAGUGGUGGCCGGAGCGACGCGGUUCUUCCUGGGCGGGGACAAGGAGAGGGAGGAGCUCGAGGACGAGAGCAGCGACGACGAAGCCAUCGACCUGCAAAAGAUGAAACACCAGCUGGGCAUCAACAAAAAAUCCAAGAAGAAGGCGCACGCGUACCGCAAGGCCGUGGGCAAGCUCCACAAGCAGGAACGGGCGAAGAGCAAGCCGCACCCGCUCAACUUCUCGGCCUUCCACCUGCUGCACGACCCGCAGGGCUUCGCCGAGCAGCUGUUCCAGAAACACCUGCAGAACACGUCGCGGUCCAACAGGCUGAACCUGGAGAACAAGCUGCUCGUGCUGCAGCUCGUCACGCGGCUGGUGGGCCUGCACAAGCUGACGGUGGUGCCGCUCUACUCGUGGUUCGUCAAGUACCUGACGCCGCGCCAGGAGUCGGUGACGUCGGUGCUGGCGUCGCUGGCGCAGGCCACGCACAACCUGGUGCCGCCCGACUGCCUGGAGCCGCUGGUGCAGAAGAUCGCCAACGAGUUCGUGUCGGAGGCGGCGGCGGCCGAGGUGGCGGCGGCGGGGCUCAACGCGAUCCGCGAGAUCUGCGCGCGCCAGCCGCUCGCCAUGCAGGACACGCUGCUGCAGGACCUGGUGCAGUACCGCAAGAGCAAGGACAAGGGCGUCAUGAUGGCCGCCAAGGGCCUGCUCUCGCUCUACCGCGAGGUCGCGGCCGAGAUGCUGGCGAAGAAGGACAGGGGCAAGGACGCCACCAUGGGUCUCCGGUCCGGCGAGGUCAAGCAGAGGAGGUUUGGCGAGGAGGAGGCGGGCGGCAUCGAGGGCUUGGAGCUGCUGGAGAAGUGGAAGGAGGAGCAGCGGAAGUUGAAGCGCGCUGAGAAGGGUCUGCCCGAGGAUGGCGGCGAGAAGAAGGAGGAGGGCGGUGGCGAGGAAGUGGAGGAUGACGGGUUCAACUCGAGCGACUGGGACGUCGAGUCGGUAGACAGCGACGACUCUGGUGGUUGGAUCGCCGUCAGCCACUCCGAAGACGAGGAAGAAGAGGAGAGCAAGCCGGCACCCAAGAAGCGAAAGACGAAAGGCGGCAAAGAGGAUGAGGAUGAUAGUGAGGACGAGGACGAGGACGAGGAGGACGCAAAACUAGACGCCGAAAUCCAGAGGAUAUCCAAGCUGGCGACGACGACGAUCCUCACGCCGGCCGACCUGCAGAAACUUCAGGAGCUGCGCAUGGAAGCGAGACUGAGCCAGACGCUGGGCGGCAGCAAGAACCGGGCGCAGCGGAAGCUGGAGGAGGCGCUGGCGCGGCACGCGGAGGACGGGCUGACGGCGGAGCAGAUCGAGGCGCCGGCCAAGCUCCGCAAGACGACCAAGGAGGAGAGGGUGGCGAUGGCGAAGGAGAACAAGCCGGACCGGAACGAGCACAAGAGCACGCAGGCGAUCCGCCGGUCGAAGAAUGCCGCCGAAGGGAAGAGCACGAGCAACAAGGAGAAGGCGAGGCAGAAGAACUUCCUCAUGACGCUAAACAAGGCCAAGCAGAAACAGAAGCGGAGCUUGGUGCAGACGAGGAACGUUUUGCGGGGGCAUCUGGAUAGGGCGAAGCGUGGUGGGAGGAGGGGGAAUAACGGGUAG